UAGGGCUCCGUUGUUCUCAGAGGAUCUUCUCUGUUCCAAGCUUGAGAACUAGAAGUCGUUCGUUCUCGGUUUCUUCACGAAGUCACUGAGGCUCUCGCGACGUGGCUGUUACUUCCCGUCGGGUGAGAAAAGACAUGUCGAAUGAUUUGCAAUCGGGGCAAAACAACAAUCUGAAUUUAUCUCCGGCGGAUGUACCUCCAUGGGUUAGAUAUUUGGCCGAUAGCUCGGCCCGUUUGGUUUUCAAAUACGGGGUUGAGAUGGAGAGUAGUAUGAUGACAAGCUAUGCGAGAGACCCAGAUUACUCCUUCUUCCGGAGCUCAGAUCGUUAUCACGCUUAUUACCAGAAAAAGCUUGCUGAAUACCGCGCGCAGAAACAUGAGGGACCUGAGAUCAAAUAUAGUGAUUAUGGGAUAGCUGAUACUCCAUUGAGGGUGAAGGUGAGGGAACCGUUUCGAAAACCUCCCGAGUUUCAGGCCUAUCUUCCUGAAAGCUUUAGUUACAAGAUGAAGCGUCCGCCUCCACCACCUCGCAAGUAUGCAGCUAUACUCCCUAAAUGGAUCACUGGCAAAGAGCUUGAAACUAUCAAGGCUACAGCCAAGUCUGUGGCGCAGCACGGCCAAGUCUUGAAUUUGGUCAAGGAAGGGAAUAUGGACGAGCCUCAGUAUCAGUUUAUGAUCCCAGGUGAUUGGAGGUAUUUGUAUUUCAAUAACCUUGUUGAUGCCUAUCGCCACGACAAUCUGAGGACUGCGGAGUUGGUGGCGUCAGAGUCGGAGGUGGCCGCUUAUGAAGAAUCCUUCCAACGUUUUUUCGAGGAAAAGAAGAAGCUGCAUGAGGGAGCCGAGUUAGCUGUGAUUGAUUCACAUGAAUUUGUGUGGAUGCUACUGCUUAAACCUCCGGAUGAGUCGGAGGGAUCAGAGCCCAAGAGACAAAGAUGUUUUGAAGAGUCGGAGGGAGCAGAACCAGAGAGACAAAGAUGUUUUGACGAAUCAGCCCUUUCUCCAGAGGACCAGUUUCUUGCUCAACAUCUAGCUAGCAGUCAAACAUUUUCAGGGGUUGUCUACAAUGACUGUUUUUAUCCCAGAAAUUGAUGACAGGCGAGCCAUUGAGAUCACAGUGGAGACGUUAUCGGAAAACGUGGCAAGUAAGUAAGCUCUUCGUUAUAUUGCACAUUACAAUGUGGGCGAUAAAGGGAUCAUAACACU